AAAUUCCCUUGGCAGAAAAGCGACAUCUGCUACAGUGGGACAGUGACAUCGCAUACCUGAAAGGAUCAACGAAAAUCUGGGUACCCAAUUACCCUCCUUUGCGCCAGUUCCUACUCGAAGAAUACCAUGACGUCCUCUACGCCGGACACUUCGGUAGCAACAAGACGCUGACCGGUAUUGCAAAACACUACUACUGGCCCCACUUGGCAGAGGAUGUUCAGAAAUUCGUCACCUCGUGUGAUACAUGUCAGCGGAUAAAGAGCAGCAAGCAGAAAAAGGCGGGACUACUGCAGCCUCCUCCUGUCCCAGAACAGCUAUGGAAAGUGGUUAGCCUGGAUUUCAUCACCGGGUUACCACCUAUCACCAGCGGUCAUGACGCAAUCCUUGUCGUUAUCGACAAAUUCUCCAAAAUGGGACACUUCAUCCCGACACACACGACGGCAUGCACCGAGGAGACAGCACAACUCUUUGUUCGUUACAUCAUCUCACAGCAUGGCAUUCCAACCACACUCAUUUCCGACGGAGACCCCAAGUUCACCAGCAAGUUCUGGAAGGAACUUAUGUCUCUGCUCGGGACCAAACUCGCCAUGUCAUCCGCUUACCAUCCGCAGACAGACGGACAGACCGAGCGCCUCAACCAGAUUGUUGAGCAACUCCUCCGAGCAGCCUGCAGGGACGAGAUCUCCAAAUGGGACUUGCACCUGCCCAUUCUAGAGUUUGCUUACAACAACGCUACGCAUGCCGCUAUUGGACAGACGCCGUUCUUCCUCUGCUACGGACGCCACCCACUCACACCACAAAAACCGACAACAUCCGCUACAGUCCAACCUGCACACGAUUUCAUCACAACCAUCCAUCAGCUUUGGGAUCGGACCCACAAGCGCCUCCUCGACGUUCAGCAGCAACAAAAGCGCCAGGCCGAUCGCCAUCGCAACGACCACACCAUUACCGUGGGAGACCAGGUGCUCCUUGACACCCGCAACCUUGACAUCAGUCAUCUCCCAUCUAAACUGCGACCUCGCUUCUGCGGGCCUUUCCUCGUUCAAGCACAGGUCACUCCUAUUACCUUCCGCUUACGCCUGCCAGCUACCUGGAAGAUUCACAACGCCUUCCAUGUCCAACUUCUGAAUCCCUAUCGGGAUCCGAACACGAUCUUCGUCAGACGCCAACCGCCGCCGCCGCCGCCCAUCCUCGUCCAGAAUGAACCCGAGUACGAGGUCAAGUCCGUGCUUGCACACCGACAUCGUCAAAAUGGCACCGUGGAGCUUCUCAUCCGUUGGAAGGGUUAUGAUCCUUCUGAGGACAGCUGGGUACCUGAGACCGACAUGGGUAACGCCCGUCGUCCUCUGCAUGACUACCUUGUCAAGCAGGGUGUUACUUCUACCACCCAGAUUUGAGUGGAGAAAGUGUGAGAGUAUG